AUGCCUGAAGACGUAGAUUUCGACGAAAUUCCCAAGCUCCUGAGCAAUUGGAGCAACGAUGAUUUGAACGAUAUAGACACAUCGCAGUAUCCGUUCCCGAACAGACUAUGGCACGUAAAGUCAUUUCAAGAAAUAACACUCAAAUCAUCAGCAAUGGUUUUAAUAGGGGUCAUUGGAAUAUUCUUAAAUUCUGUAAUUCUCAUCAUCCUCUUGAGGAAUAAGUGGCUCUGGACACCAAGCAACUAUCUGAUAGCGAAUCUGGCGUUCAUGGACCUUAUUACUUUAAUAUUUUGCCCGUGGUUUAUGUUGGUCAGAGAUUUCUUUCAAAACUACGUUUUAAAAAAUUUUGGCUGCCGCUUCGAAGGAUUCUUGCAAGCAACACUUCUGUUAGCCAGUGUAGUAGCUGUCAUGCUGGUAUCUUACGACAGACUAGCAGCCGCAGCGUUGACUUCUGAAGCUCGUGUCACUAAAUCAGCUGCUGUGAAACUCAUCAUAUUAUCAUGGAUCGUUUCAAUAGCGUUGUCCUCACCUUGGAUUAUAAAGAGAUAUCAUAUGGAGCGUCGCUGGCUUGAUUAUAUUGAAAAUAUAUGCGUUGAAGAUAUGGUUUUUCUUCCUAUAUAUUGGCACUUUGUCGUCAUAUUGCUGGUCUGGAUACCGCUCGGCGUGAUGAUUGUGACUUAUGGUACGAUCAUGUGGCGUUUGGAGUGGAGCGUUCGAGAACUAUCUUCAAGAGGAGGAGGUCAAACAAUAUCAAGGGCAAGAGGAAAAGCCAUGAGGAUCACAGCUUGUGUAUUAGUAGCCGCAGUUAUCUGUAGGAUUCCAUUCACUAUUCUGGUGUAUUGGAGGAGUACCAUGUCGUUGGAGAUCAAUGCGGUUGAAGGAGCCUAUGAAAUAAUGUGGUUCAUAGCCAGCUACCUAAUGUACUUAAAUUGCGCCAUCAAUCCACUAAUAUACGGUUUCACCAAUGUCAGAUUCAGAAGAGCUAUGGACCGAACUCCUGGCAUCGCUUGUUUUAGAUUCGGCAGCUGGUGUUGUAUUUGUACCAUGGUAAAGAAAAAGAAACGGUCAAUCCAAAAUAACAACAUUGAAAAAAUUUUCGUCAUCGAUAACAGUCCACGUCCUAAUAGAAAAUUAUCAAGAGUUGUCAAAAAUAUUUUACAUAUAAACAAACACACCAUGGAACUUAGUGUUCCUAAGGUCGAUGAAGCUACUACGAGACCAACAAAGGUUACACCACUAAAAGUAGAACAUAUAUAA